AUGGAGCAUCGUCCGCUCGAAAGACCCUUGCUUGUUGUACACGAUUGGGGAUGCAUUAUCGCCCACGAAUUCUUGCUCUCACGACCAUACUUUUUCUCACGAGUUGUGAUGCUGGACGUUGGCGGGGACAUCUCGGAUCCGCUGCUAACGAAGGGUGGCGAAUGCGACGAUGGCGUUGGGGGUCGCAUUUGGGCUCACUGGUGGAGAUGUGUACAUAUUUUCAUAUGCCAUGCAAUCGUCAUUGCUGCCUUUCUCAUAAUUCCCACAAGUGUUGGGAAGGGGAUUUUGCGUUUUAUUCUACAGAUUGCACGUUGGCCGUCUUACAAGUAUACACGUCACCUUUCUGCUUUGGGAAAUGACACGGACGGGGAGGAAGAAGUGCUUAUGGUGCCGAUUUGUGCGCAAAAGAGCACAGUUGAUGUUUCUCGAAAACCAACGCGAUUUCUUGAUGUUUUCAAUGCGCUCUUACGUUUUACUGUUUUUGGCGGUGACUCCGAACAAAAGCAAGAUGUAAGUACCCUGGCAGCAUCUUUCUAUCCAAGUCAAUUUUACUACGCAAAGAGCAGACGGUUGUACACACUCCCGCCACACCCCACUGCCAGCGGUAUUCACUACACCCAUUAUCGGUACCGAUCCGCAAGGACGCAAAAGACAAAUGGCUCAGCCAGCAAAAACACAUCCAAUUCUAUAACCACUCAGAAUGGAAUUCACCCACCCACGGCCCCGUCACACGAUGACGAGGCAUCACUGAAUUUCGUUGAGGUGGAUCCUUUGAAUGGAUGGAUUUAUCUCCGAUACUGGAUUUUUUGGAUUUCACGCUUGUUACCAAGCUCAAGACGUUUUUUUAUUCCCAUUAGCGUCCCUGUUUUAUUUCUUUACGGUACGGAGAAGCCAAUAAUGCUGCAUUCACACGAAUGGAUUAAAUACAUUGAGGCGAAGGGAGAAACUGAUGGUUCUGAAGUUGUGUCAGUGGCAGGCGGGCACUGGUUCUUUGCGGAAGAUAAGAACAAGGGACAAGUAACGAAAAGGAUUGCAGAGUUUUUGGAUGCAGACCAAUUUGAGACACAGAUUUCUCAAUCAUGGAAAGGCCAUCUUUAUGGUGAGGAGAGAGACAGCUACACAUCCUACGUCUCUGUAUAA